UGCUACCCUGCUGAUGUCUGGUCAUCCUACCCUGCUGAUGUCUGGUCAUCCUACCCUGCAGAUGGCUGGUCCUCCUACCCUGCUGAUGUCUGGCCCCCCUACCCUGCUGAUGUCUGGUCAUCCUACCCUGCAGAUGGCUGGUCCUCCUACCCUGCUGAUGUCUGGCCCCCCUACCCUGCAGAUGGCUGGUCCUCCUACCCUGCUGAUGUCUGGGCUGGUCCUCCUACCCUGCUCAUGUCUGGUCCUCCUACCCUGCUGAUGUCUGGUCCUCCUACCCUGCUGAUUUCUGGGCUGGUCCUCCUACCCUGCUGAUGUCUGGUCCUCCUACCCUGCUGAUGUCUGGGCUGGUCCUCCUACCCUGCUGAUGUCUGGUCCUCCUACCCUGCUGAUGUCUGGUCCUCCUACCCUGCUGAUGUCUGGCCCCCCUACCCUGCUGAUGUCUGGUCCUCCUACCCUGCUGAUGUUUUGUCUUUCUACCCUGCAGAUGGCUGGUCCUCCUACCCUGCUGAUGUCUGGUCCUCCUACCCUGCAGAUGGCUGGUCCUCCUAUCCUGCUGAUGUCUGGUCCUCCUACCCUGCUGAUGUCUGGGCUGGUCCUCCUACCCUGCUGAUGUCUGGUCCUCCUACCCUGCUGAUGUCUGGGCUGGUCCUCCUACCCUGCUCAUGUCUGGUCCUCCUACCCUGCUGAUGUCUGGUCCUCCUACCCUGCUGAUGUCUGGCCCCCCUACCAUGCUGAUGUCUGGUCCUCCUACCCUGCAGAUGGCUGGUCCUCCUACCCUGCUGAUGUUUUGUCUUUCUACCCUGCUGAUGUCUGGUCCUGCUACCCUGCUGAUGUCUGGUCCUCCUACCCUCCUGAUGUCUGGUCUUUCUACCCUGCUGCCCCGUGUCCCGUGCCUCGGCUUUAUGAGGGUUUAUUAUAUCCAAGACCUUUAUAUCUUGACAAUCACACACUGUUUAUUCUAGGGCUGGGGCAUGCCUUUCCCUUUAUGUCCCGACAAUCACACACUGUUUACUCUAGGGCUGGGGCAUGCCUUUCCCUUUAUGUCCUGACAAUCACACUCUGUUUAUUCUAGGGCUGGGGCAUGCCUUUCCCUUUAUGUCUUGACAAUCACACACUGUUUACUCUAGGGCUGGGGCAUGCCUUUCCCUUUAUGUCUUGACAAUCACACACUGUUUAUUCUAGGGCUGGGGCAUGCCUUUCCCUUUAUGUCCUGACAAUCACACACUGUUUACUCUAGGGCUGGGGCAUGCCUUUCCCUUUAUGUCUUGACAAUCACACACUGUUUAUUCUAGGGCUAGGGCAUGCCUUUCCCUUUAUGUCCCGACAAUCACACACUGUUUACUCUAGGGCUGGGGCAUGCCUUUCCCUUUAUGUCCUGACAAUCACACUCUGUUUAUUCUAGGGCUGGGGCAUGCCUUUCCCUUUAUGUCCUGACAAUCACACACUGUUUAUUCUAGGGCUGGGGCAUGCCUUUCCCUUUAUGUCCUGACAAUCACACUCUGUUUAUUCUAGGGCUGGGGCAUGCCUUUCCCUUUAUGUCCUGACAAUCACACACUGUUUAUUCUAGGGCUGGGGCAUGCCUUUCCCUUUAUGUCCCGACAAUCACACACUGUUUAUUCUAGGGCUGGGGCAUGCCUUUCCCUUUAUGUCCCGACAAUCACACACUGUUUACUCUAGGGCUGGGGCAUGCCUUUCCCUUUAUGUCCUGACAAUCACACACUGUUUAUUCUAGGGCUAGGGCAUGCCUUUCCCUUUAUGUCCUGACAAUCACACACUGUUUAUUCUAGGGCUGGGGCAUGCCUUUCCCUUUAUGUCCUGACAAUCACACACUGUUUAUUCUAGGGCUAGGGCAUGCCUUUCCCUUUAUGUCCUGACAAUCACACUCUGUUUAUUCUAGGGCUGGGGCAUGCCUUUCCCUUUAUGUCCUGACAAUCACACACUGUUUAUUCUAGGGCUAGGGCAUGCCUUUCCCUUUAUGUCCUGACAAUCACACUCUGUUUUUUCUAGGGCUGGGGCAUUCGUUUCCCUUUAUGUCCUGACAAUCACACUCUGUUUUUUCUAGGGCUGGGGCAUGUGUUUCCCUUUAUGUCCUGACAAUCACACUCUGUUUUUUCUAGGGCUGGGGCAUGCCUUUCCCUUUAUGUCCUGACAAUCACACUCUGUUUUUUCUACGGCUGGGGCAUGCCUUUCCCUUUAUGUCCUGACAAUCACACUCUGUUUAUUCUACGGCUGGGGCAUGCCUUUCCCUUUAUGUCCUGACAAUCACACUCUGUUUAUUCUACGGCUGGGGCAUGCCUUUCCCUUUAUGUCCUGACAAUCACACUCUGUUUAUUCUACGGCUGGGCAUGCCUUUCCCUUUAUGUCCUGACAAUCACACUCUGUUUAUUCUAGGGCUGGGGCAUGCCUUUCCCUUUAUGUCCUGACAAUCACACUCUGUUUAUUCUAGGGCUAGGGCAUGCCUUUCCCUUUAUGUCCUGACAAUCACACUGUUUAUUUUUGGGCUAGGGCAUGCUUUUACAAAUACCAAGUCCUAUAAUCAUACACUAUACUGCUGAUCACUUCAAAGACAAUGUCUAUUAGGCUACAGUAGACUACUUCAAAAAUCCAAAUAUUUGGUGUAAAUCUAUUGAAUUUAUUGUAUUUGUGAAUGGGGGAUUUUAAACCCUAAUAAGUGUUCAUACAUGGUGGAUAUGGAGUUUCACAUAUCAAAUCAAACUUUAUUAGUCACAUGCGCCGAAUACAACAAGUGUAGACUUUACCGUGAAAUGCUUACUUACAAGCCCUUAACCAACAGUGCAGUUCAAGUGUAUCACAUAAACUCUUACACAAAGGAGAAAAUGUAUUCUGUGAGUCGGUGUGAAACUUAAGUAUCCAGCAUGCAUAAACAGUUAUUGGCUCUUACGUUUAAAAAAAACACCCUGUUCACACAUACUAUGAACUAGAUAGUCUUAGUCUACUGUUCAUUCUAUAACUGGUAGUCUUUCCCUUAAUACACCCGGUCUUCAAAGUGAUCAGCACUGUAGCAUGGGAUUAUAGGGUUGGUAUUAAAAAAUGCAUGAUCCUAUAAUCUUAUCUUUCCUUUCCACCAUCACUUUGAGAGAGUCAAAAUGUCCUAUCCUAGUGACUAGUAACGAAAAGGAAGGAUGUGGCCUCUCUCUUCCCAGCGUUCCAGUGUACAUUGAGGCCCUCUUUCUCAGAUAAAUGAUUAGGCCUACCGACGACAAUGACCCUUCCAGAUAAUCUCUGUGUUUAGUCAGAUUGUGUUGAAUAAAUGUUAGAAUGACAAUGACAUAUUGGUUAUCCCGUAGAAAGCAUUGCAAACUCGACAUUGCAUCCGACAGCUUGUCACUCUGAUUGCAACCAAGGGAAUUACAUGGCCCUGUACACACUUACGUUGUGCAACUGAUCUGCAGCACAUUUGGCACAAUGGUUGUAAUACAACAAAGGUUUUUUUUCCUGCACAAUAAUAAUCACACAAGCACUGUGGAGACACCACACAAUGGUUGUGUAAACGUUUUUAGAUAGACAAACUCUCUGUUGUAACACAAAAAAAUAUCAGUUGUGUCAUAACCAUUGUUACAAAUGUGUUGCAGAUCAGUUGUAUAACCGGAGUGUGUACUGGGCCUAUAGGUCCAGUGAUAACUGAGACACUGCAGCUGCUACUGCUGUGGAAAGUUUCACUGUUCACACACAGUUCUCAAUGAACAACUGCUCUAUAUUUUCAUGUGGGAUUAGAGCUCACUAACCUAUAUAUAAAUAGACAGGGUUUUGACAAAAAAAAUGAAAGUGUUAGGGAUUCCACGGAUGAUCUGGCCCUAGUACUGUUGAGGUACCACAUCUAUGGACUGGCCUUUAGUACUGUAGAGGUGACACAUCUAUGGUCUGGCCUUUAGUACUGUAGAGGUGACACAUCUAUGCUUAGUAUAAACUUAGCAGAGACCAAGGCCAAAAAUAGACUCAGUGUUUCAGUGAACUCGUUGCCUGGUUGUGAAGAAGACAGCUGGUGUGUCAGAGUAAAGAACGACACUGAAAUACAUUGUUCUGUAGUCUUUCGUUUAUACAUUUUUUGUCUUCUAUUUUGAAAGAGACUGUCUCUAUUGUCUAAAGUUGAAAUCAUGUCAUUGUUGAUUGAGAUAAUAUAGGUAUUUUGUAAGGGGGGGGGCAACUUUCAAAGUCGUGUCUUGAGUCAUAUCAAUGAGAUAACGUCUCUUUUUCCACUGUUGAAAUGAUUGAAUGUUAAUUGCAGGGAAAGUUAUUUUUGUAAGAGGGCCAACUGUCCGAGGCAUAUCUGUUUUAACCUCUUGUAGUUUUGCAUUUUAACCGAUGUCACCGUUGGGAAAUGUGAUUGUAAACUAACAGCCACUAACGUUCUUGUCUCAUCAUAUACGCUGCUUCUACUGUUUAUUAUCUGUCACUUUAUUCCUAGUUAUAUGUACAUAUCUAGCUCCAUUACCUCGUACCCCUGCACAUCGACUCUGUACUGGUGCCCCGUGUAUAUAGCCAAGUUAUCGUUACUCAUUGUAUAUUUAUCAUCACUUUUAUUGUUAGAUGUUUUACUUUUCUAAUAUUUCUCUAUUUUCUUUCUCUCUGCGUUGUUGGGAAUUUAAGUAAGCAUUUCACUGUUAGUCUACACCAAAGCAUGUGACAAAUACAAUUUAUUGUGAUUUGAUUUGUAAGUCAUGAGGGCAACAAUAAUUCUUAGCUAUGGGACAGGAUGAAAUGUUGUAGGUUGGUAAGUUAUCCCAGAGGCCUAUGUGCAGCCUACAGGGGCAAGGCUUUGAUAUGGAGUCUUUACAGCUAGCUACCCCUCCCUGUAAGAUCAACAUGACCUCCUCUUCAGAGAAGGAGUCUGUAAAGUAAAAACAUGAAGGUCCAUGGUCCAUGCCCUUCUCACAGCCCUCCCUCCCUGGAUGGAUGGAUGGAUAAUGAAUGGAUGGAUGGAUCUACUCUGUGUCUAUUACAUUUCCAUGGACUUGUUUGUGUGUUUUUCACAUGGACUGUUCCCCAACAUGUAUUAUAAACAAAAUUACAGAUUCAUAUCAAUCCGUACAAUUCUUUAUUUUUGUCUUAUUACAGUGAGAAUUCAAUAUUCCAGGGCACAUUAUAGGCCUGCUAUGAUUAAAUAACUUAGGCAAAAGGAAACAUUUUCCAUGGAUGAAACGCAUGAUAAGGUAACCUAUUAUUUGCGUUGUAAAUCAUUGUAUUGUCUGAUGGGUGGUGUUUUCGGUGUAUUACGGUAAAAUUUCAAAUCAAUAGACUUGAAACACUCACAAACGUAAAUGGUGCGCAACAGGAUGCGCAAUCCACUGACUUCUACACUGUUUCCCCUUCUUGAGCGUGGGUAUUUAGGUUUGUCCAGAUUGUUUUAAAAUCAGUGAUUGUGGUUUUGAAAAAUAACCGCCCAUCUGGUAGACUUGAGUGAGUUGUUGUGAGUGAGCUGCACAGACGUCUUGAGAGACCCGACCACAUCCCGGCGUUCAGAAGAGUUGGUAACUCUAGGAAAGGACUGGUAGGGUUGACGAGUGGACGCGGGGCAGGCAUGGGUUGCAGCCACAGCAAGAGGAAAAACAAAGCGAAGGAGGAGGAGAAAACGGUGAAGGAGAUCAACAACCAUCAAGAUGGAGGAGGUAAAGUCCCUCUGGAGGAGCUGAACGUGGAUCUAGAAACGGAGAAGCAGCUGGGUCAGUAUGAGUGGCAGCUGAAGAUCCUACGGGAGGUGCUGUCUGCAUCUGGGACCCAGGAGAGGGAGGAGCUACUAAAAGACACAACCCAAGGAGAGCUCUGUGCCCUGGUCCACAACAUCAUUGAGAAGGUGAAAAUAGAGACGGCUGCUGACCUGACUGUUCUCUACGGGGAGAAGAGCCAGAGGACUGCAGAGCAGCACGAGAGACAGCUGGAAGAACGGCAGAGGAUACAGAGUGAAGAGACAAAACGACUAACAGAGACCCACCAGACUGCUGAGAAAACGUUGAAGGAGGAGGUAGAGGAGCUGACUACAGAGCUCUAUGUGUACAAUCAGUUAAAGAAGAGAGUUGACGAGUCUACCUUCAAGAAGGACCUGCAGCGCAACAUUCAGGCCCACGGCAGUCCUGGGCCAUUCUGGGAGCGGGAGCAGGAGAGUCUGCUGUUUGUCAUUGAGAUGAAGAGUGAACGUAUCCAGGCGCAGGGGAACAAACUGCUACAGAUGCAGGGUCUGGUGGAGAAGAAUCUGUCUCUAGAAGACCAGGUCAUAAAUGUUCUACAGAACAACGAGGACCUGAGGGUUCGUAUCGACAACCAUCAAGGCCUUCUACAGCAGCUCUCCAAGGAGCACCAGGACCUCCAGGGGGCGUUAGACAGGCAGGCAGGUCUCAGUCAGAGGCUCACCCAGGAGAAAGAGCAACUCAUGUUUAAACUGAAGCACAGAGACUCCUGUUCUACCUUCCCAUCCUUCCCCAUAGUGUCUGAGAUCUCCCCCAGCUGAUCUGAACGGGGCAGUCAGGGUUACCUCUUAAUCCUGUCUAGGGUUGUAAACAUGGAGCCUGAAUCCGGAAAAUUUCCCAAAAUUCUGAAAGUAUUUUUUUCCAGGAAUCUCUGCCUGGAGGAUUCUAAGAAUCAUGAAGGAAUACAUAAUGAGUGAUUCCUCCAACCUGAAAUUCUUCAAGUGGGAUUUCUGAAAAAGCAGGGGACUUUUGGGAAUGUUUCGGGACUUUUUGCAAUCCUAAUCCUACUUUGACAACCAAAGUCCAGGUACCUUUACAAAGGGCUAUAGUCACAUGUUUGAUGAAACCUGAUGCCAAAUAAUAUUUUUAGUCUCGUUUUGUACCUGCUGUGCCUUUACAGUACAUCAUGUUUUCUAUAGCAGUAUGGUGUUCAUACAAAAGGACAGUUUUUUUGUGGGGGGGGGGGGCAGUGGGCAUAGCCAUGGGCUGUUGGAUUUAACUGACUCCUGUUGUUCAACUGAGAUUAUUACUCAACUGACAUUCUCAUAGUUGUGUUACUGUUCAACUGAGAAUAUUCUAGGUGGAUGUGACAGUGUUCACUCUGAUGGUUUGACUUGCGGUUGUAGACAGAGAUGUACAAACUUAGUAGCUACAUUUUUUUUUAUAUCUACCUUCCUGCCGAGACACUAUUACGUCUAUCAAAAUGCAGUGUCUAGGUUUUACAUCACUCAGUAUGGAAUAGACAUUACAGAAUAUAAUGCAAUAUAUACAAUUUAAACAGUUACUUUAGACAACUGCCUUUGUAUUGGAAUAUGUUUAUACUCUUUUGUUUUAUAGAAUAUGGAAAAUUGAUUGCCAUGUUGGCAGUUUGAUUUUGUUAUUUUUUUUGCAGAUUACAAGUACAAUGGAUAUUUUUGUGACUUUUUUAAGUAACAAAGAAACAGAAGCAUUUCUGUGUUUAAAAACAUAUAUAUUUUUUCUGAUGCACUAGCACUUUUAAUCAGUAUUUUACUAGUACUAAAUGUGAGAGGUAGUUGAUGUAAUUUUUUUUGUUUUUCUUUCGUUUACAUUUUGUUGGUUUUACAUUUUUAUUUGAAUCAUUUAGCUAACGCUCCUCUCUUCGAAGGCAGCGGAUAGAUCUAGAAGGAGAGAGGAAGUCACAAUAAACAGUUGCAUCUGAACUGCAAGUGUUUGUGUGAAAUGUGUCAGUGUCUCCACUAGGGGGCAGGUUAUGUAAAUUGUGUUUGUUAAUUUGUUUAACUAGGCAAGUCCGUUAAGAACAAGUUCUUAUUUACAAUGACGGCCUACACCGGCCAAAACCCGGAUUACGCUGGGACAACUGUCGUAUGGGACUCCCAAUCACGGCCGGUUGUGAAUACAGUGACACCUCUAACACUGAGAUGCAGUGCCUUAGACCGCUGCGCCACACGAGAGUAAUAAGCUAGUGUUAAUUGUUUUUUACUUUUUAUAUUCCAUCUGACAAACGGGGAAGUCAUAUUCUCUAGCUGUAUUAUUUAGUGUGUAUUCUCUUCCUAUUUAUACCAAAAGGCUCUUCUCAGAUAUAUAUAUUUUUUUAAACAACAGCUUUUAGUGACAAGUAGCACGUGGUUGUUUUUCCAUACUGUGUGUAAUUCACGGUGAUAAACGCUAGGGGGCAGAACAGGACAGUUGGGUGGAAAGAGUUGAUGAGUGUCGUUUUGGCUGUGUCCUUUUCCGUUGUAUCUUCUCUACUGUCAUCUUUUUUGAUUUCUCCGGUAUGUUUUCACUGAAAGAAAAAGGCCGUCAUAAUGAAAUAAUGAACAUUAUCUAUUCAUCUAAUCAAUGUGAAAUGUGAAUGUGCAGCAGAGAUUCUGACAAUGUUUGUUAAUGCGUCAAGGUAUACUUUAUAAUGUAGAAAAAGGUUUAUAAGUAGUUUAGAAACUGUUAAUAAACUAUUCAUUAGUUCAUAACCUAUACACUAAUUUACCCUGCAGUCAUGACCUCAUCCACUCCCACUGUGUGUUAUAAUGAGGUGAUUUGAAAAGGUGUUAGACGUGACUAACAACAACCACUAAGGUGAAGCUGAUUGACACAUUCAUUGGUGGCUUUUGCACCCUGGGGCUUGAUUCCCCCAUCCCUUCCUGGUGCUUUGCUCGGGGCAGAUGGGGAGCAGAGGAGGUGAAAGUGGGAGCACUCUCACCCCCUUCUCUGUCUUGUUUGUGGCCGGCAGCGGAACCGUUUGCGCAGCGGAUGUAAAAAGGAUCACUAUGAUCACUUGUUUGACAAGCCAGGACAAUACCUGGUGGGGCUCCACGCUAACUGCAGGUCAAACCCCUGGCUGUGAUGUCACCCAGUUCCCAGGGCUUUUCACAGGACUGGAGGAACUGGGGAGGAACACCUUUCUAUGUUUACAUCCCCAAUGACACACACUGCAGCAUCAUAUUACAACUCCCAGUCACAAUGAGGAGCAUGUCAACCCCACCUGCACACAGACACAUGCAGCCUGGCUAGCAUGACAACUAACCCUAGACCGGAGGCUGAACCUGUGAAUGCUGAAAUGGUGACCUGUUCUUUGUUACUUCCUCCUCACUUCCUCCUCACUUUCAUUUUUUACUAUUAUAUUUUUCCUAUAAAUUGUCUUUGUUUACUGUUAGAGGUUAACAACAUUAAAGUUAUCACCAAGCCAAAGGCCCACAAUGCUUCCUGGUGAAACGGAGUCUCGACAGAGAAGCAACCCUCCGUUCUACCGUUAAUAUUUCCUGGGAGGUGGAGUACAAAGAGAGACGAGGAGCUGUGUCUGGUGUCAUGGCCGUGUUUUGAACACACCUGAAUUGUCUUGGUCCCUCUGUGCAUUAUUAGCUGUGUGAAUUUUGUGCCAUACCUGUC